AUGUUUAAAUUAUAUUUAAUAAGGAAGAAUAAAGUAUAUCCCCGAAAGCAAUCUAAAAAACUUCAGAGAGUUAGAUGGAUGAGUUAUAAAAUAAAUCUAAAAUUCAGAUAAUCUUCUCGCAUGAAGAAAAGCUUCAUAAUUUCUUAUUUGCUUAUGAGUAUGAUAAACUUGUUUAAGAUUAGAGCAACUACUGAUCAUUUGUUACAAUAAGCUCGCAAAAUAGUUCCAACAAUAAGUGCAGUAGUGACAACCAACUCAAAUUUGGCCAUCGAUUAUUAUCUGCAAUUACCAAAUUAAAAUUUAAGUGUAUUCCAAGGACGUAUCAUCACUGUUUAAGGAGUGCCAGGGUUAUUGGCAUUGAAAUCUAAGACAGGAUUGAGAGACUUUAUAUUUAUAAAAUGCAUCGGAGUGGGUGGAUUUUCAAGAGUGUAUUUGGUUAAAAAGAAAUAGUCAAGUCGAUUCUAUGCGAUGAAAAUAAUAGACAAGAAAAUAAUUAUUGAGAAAAAGAUUGAAAAUAUAAUUGAGAAUGAACGCAACAUUCUAGCUGUGACUCAACAUCCUUUUCUUAAUAAAUUAGAAUAUGCUCUAGAAUGUCCAAACCAUCUAAUAUUCAUCACUGAAUUCUGUGCAGGAGGUGAUCUGCUCUAUUACUUAUAAAAAUAUCACGUGUUUACUGAAACUCAAGCAAGAUUCUACAUUAUAGAAUUUAUAUUGGGAUUAAUAUAUUUGCAUCAGUUGGAUAUCAUAUAUAGAGACAUUAAACCAGAAAACAUAUUAAUCGAUAUUACAGGUCAUAUUCAAAUUGCUGACUUUGGACUUGCAAAGCCCACAAGAAAUGAAUAUGCUUAUAGUUUUUGUGGAAGUCCUGAGUACAUGGCUCCAGAAAUGCUAACUAAUUAGGGACAUAAUUAAUAAUUGGAUCAUUAUUGUUUAGGUGUCCUAUUAUAUGAAUUGGUGGUGGGACAACCUCCCUUCUAUUCUGAAGACAUCAAUAAAAUCUAUGAGAAUAUAAUUUUAAAGGAAGUUGAGUUCCCAAAAAAUAACACUUUGAGUAAUGAAAUCAAGGAUUUGAUUGUGAGAUUAUUGGAUAAGGAUCAAAAGAGUAGGAUUGGACAUUAGGGAGGGUUACUGGAGAUAUUGGAUCAUAAAUGGUUUGAAAGUGUCGAUUUAAUAAAGUUCCUUUACAGAAAAGUGAAUCCCCCCUUCUAACCAGAUGUGUUCAAACCUCCAGCUCUAUCAAAAGAAUAUAAGGAUGGGGAUUUAGAUCUUAUUAGGAGAUUGCUAGAUAGAAAUGUUUAGGGGACCACCAUGUUUCAAAACUUUUAUUAUGAUUAGUCAGUAGAAUUGGAUAUACGAUUAGAACAGUAAAAGUUCCUUAAGUUCUAUCAUUAAUUGAUAGAGCAGUAGAAUAGUAAGAUGCAGAGAAGGUAAAAAAUCAAAUUCAUGAGAAAAAGCAGAUUAGUAUGA